AGAUUGAUAUUUUGGGGACCUUUUUCCUUAUACGGAGCGCAGCGCGGUAUAAAAGGGCAGCCUGGGCGUUAUUGAUUGGCCCAUCCACUCUCGCUGAAGCUUAAGACCGUGUGCAGACUCCGACCACUGGAGCCUCCUCGCUUUCUUAUUAGUGACAGUGCGCCACUAGGGGAAUCAUUUUACGCACGAACACCGACAGGCACAAACCGACUGUGGCGAGCCUCUGUCCUCCUGUUGCGCCAUGGAGAACUCCAGCCUGUUGGGUGGCGACGCACAACAUUCUUUCUUGAUAGACUUUCUUGCGUCGGACACUUUGAACCAAGUUUCUCCGGAGGAAACUGCCAUGGCCGGAUUAGUGGCCAGUAGUGCCAUCUUCCUUGAGGGCAGCAAAUUCAGGACUGGGGCUGAGUUUAUGGCCGCCCUACCGACGGAAUCCCCUCACCUGAUGCCCGCCUUUUGGGAUUCCCCGCUCAGUCACGGAAUCAAUGUAUUUGUGGGACUUGUUCUUUGCUUCACUAUGCUGGGGCUCGGCUGCACGGUGGACGUGAGCCAGCUUGGAGAACAUAUCCGCAGACCCAUCGGGGUGCUGCUGGCACUGCUGUGUCAGUUCGUUAUCAUGCCCUUGGUGGCCUUUUUGUUGGCUUUAGCCUUCUCUCUGGAUGAUGUGGCAGCCAUGGCUGUUCUCCUCUGUGGCUGCUGCCCGGGAGGAAACUUAUCAAAUAUCAUGUCUCUACUGGUGCACGGGGAAAUGAACCUAAGCAUCAUCAUGACCAUAUCUUCCACUAUGCUGGCGCUGGUGCUGAUGCCGCUGUGUCUGUGGAUCUACAGCCGGGCCUGGAUCAACACACCUGUGGUCAACCUCAUGCCCUUCGGGGCCAUCAUCCUGACCCUGUGCAGCACUCUCAUCCCCAUUGGGUUAGGAGUAAUGCUGAGGUACCGCUACACGCGUGUGGCCGACAUUGUUUUAAAGGCAUCUCUGUGGUCUCUGCUGGUCACCCUUGUGAUUCUGUUCAUCCUCACCGGAGCGAUGCUGGGGCCGGAGCUCCUGUCCACCAUCCCGCCCUCUGUCUACGUGGUGGCUGUCCUGAUGCCUCUGUGCGGCUAUGCUGCAGGCUACGGGCUGGCCGUGCUCUUUGACCUGCCACCCAACUGCUGCAGGUCCGUCUCUCUGGAGACGGGAUGCCAGAACGUGCAGCUGUGCACUGCCAUCCUGAAGCUGGCCUUCCCCCCUCAGCUGAUGGGAGGGAUGUACAUGUUCCCUCUGUUGUACGCCCUGUUCCAAGCAGCCGAGGCUGGCAUUUUCAUCCUGGCCUACAAGAUGUACAGGAAGAAGGUCCUGCACAAACCAGACCCCAUGGGGGACGGCGAGGACACGGAUAUAACAUAUCAAAGGUUUCAGGAUGAGGACAUUGACUCAUCUUAUGGUGCUGUGACAGUGAGUGACCCAAACACCAUCAUGUUGGACCCCUGCCCUCCUGACCCAACUCCUGUUUAAUGUAAGAAUCAGUUCCCCACAGCAGGUGCAGGGGAGCAGAGUAAGACCUGCUGGUGGAUUCAUCAUUCAGAAAGAAAACCUGGAGAACAGUGAGACUAUGCAGGGAAAUCCAGAAUGUUUAUCACUGACCUGACUGCAGAAAACGGUACUUUAUGUCAUAAGCUUCAUUCAUUCACUUUGAUAAUGUUCAUUUCAUGUCUAAUAUGGGAUGAAAAAACAUCAAAUGUUUUAAAACCCUUCUGUGUUACCCUGUGAAUUCAUUUCAUCAUCAGCCGAGCUUAACUUCAACCUGUGACAGUAACAUUAAUCAGCAGAUCACGCCAUCACAGCAUGACAGCAUUUAGUCUCCCAAAUGAAGUGCUUCAAAACUGUGUGUGCGCCUGCGUGAGAGAGCGAGACCUGUGACAAACAUAUCAGUCAUUCAUUGCAGUGCCAAGCCGGAGUCUGCUCCACAGACCCAAUGUGAACACGGUGUACAAUAUGUGUAUAUUAUAAACAAGUAUCAAGACAAUAAAAUGUGUACAGAAAUAAAACUAAAAACGUGUGUACCUUU